UGCUCGUGUGUGUUUCUCGCGCUCUGAUGAUCCGCUCGGUGUUGCUGCGCGCGCUCGCGGCUCGCCCGCCGUCCGCUCCGGUUCCCGGUCACCUGCACAGAUGUUUGCUCGGGACUCACCGGCGGAAAAUUAAACCCGAACAGCUGGAGUUACCGAACCAGACGCGGGAGUUCGUGUACAGCCUGAGCCCGGAGACCCGGAGCCGCCUCCUGAAGGAGCUGCAGACCUUCGAGUCCAAGACGGAAGACUCUGGUGAAGCGUCUCGGCUGACGGCUGCUCAGCUCAGAUACAUUCUCCUGCACAACGCCAUUCCCUUCAUCGGCUUCGGCUUCCUGGACAACGCCAUCAUGAUCGCCGCUGGCACUCAGAUUGAACUGUCUAUCGGAUUGACACUAGGAAUAUCCACUAUGGCAGCUGCGGCUCUGGGGAAUCUGGUGUCAGAUCUGGCUGGACUCGGUUUAGCAGGUUAUGUGGAGGCUCUGGCGGUGCGUUUAGGGAUGCAGAUUCCUGAUUUGAGCCCCAGACAGGUGGACAUGUGGCAGACCAGAGUCUCCUCACACAUGGGUAAAGCCAUCGGCGUGGCCAUCGGGUGUAUUCUGGGAAUGUUCCCGCUGCUCUUCUUAAGCGAUGAGGAAGACAAGAAACCCAAGAAAGACUCAAACUGACCUGCUUUUCACAGGCAUGACAGAAACUGCAUUUGUUUUGCCAAAGCG